CACACGUAGCCAGGCAGAUCUGCUUGGCUGGUCAUUUGUUUGGAGCAAGAGUCUGAUGACAGGGCCAAGUUGUGUGGAUAGGAAUCAACCAAUGCAGAAAGGUUUGUCACCUAUGACAGAAGUUAACACUACAUCUGUUCAGAUGGGUACAAAGGCUCUGCUCUUCUGUCCUUCUAUUCCACUGACAAAAGCAAUAUUAAUAACAUGGAUAAUAAUCCCCAGAGGACAGCCUUCCUGCGUAAUAGCCUACAAAGUAGAUACAAGGGACAUCAAUGAAACCAGCUGCUCGAACAGGAGCAUCACCUGGGCCUCCACACCUGACCUCAGUCCCGACCUUCAGAUCAGUGCAGUGUCCCUCCAGCAUGAGGGGCAAUACUCAUGUGACUUAGUAACACCUGAAGGGAAUUUCGAAAAGGUCUAUGACCUCCAAGUACUGGUGCCCCCUGAAGUAACCAACUUUCUAGGGAAAAAUAGAACUGCAGUUUGUGAGGCAAUUGCAGGCAAGCCUGCGGCACAGAUCUCUUGGACUCCAGAUGGGGAUUGUGUCACUGAGAAUGAAUCACACAGCAAUGGCACCGUGACUGUCAGGAGCACAUGCCACUGGGAGCAGAACAAUGUGUCUACUGUGUCCUGCUGGGUUUAUCAUUCGACUGGUAACAAGACUGUGGUCAUAGAACUGAAUCAAGCUGUAUUUAAAGGUACCAGCAGCACCCUACCUUCCUUGCUGAUCAUUCUCUACAUGAAAAUGGCCCUUUUGGGGAUUAUUCUUCUCAUCGUAGGAUUUGCUUUCUUCCAGAAGAGAAAUCAUACCAGAAUACGAGUAUCCAGAUUUCUGGAAGUCCAUUAGUCUGAUGAAACAAUACAAGACAACUGCCAUUUGCAAUCAACGUCCUCGUUGAAAUACAGUUUACCUGUCCCUGCUAUCUUCAUGUUUGUUAGAUACUUAUCUCCAAAUUAUUAUUAUUAUUAUUUUGGUUUUUCGAGACAGGGUUUCUUUCUCUGUAUAGCCAUGGGUGUCCUGGAAUUCACUCUAGAUCAAGCUGGCCUCGAACUCAGAAAUCCUGCCUCUGCCUCCCCAAGUGCUGGGGUUAAAGGAAUGCGCCACAACUGCUCAGCCCAAAUUCUUAACCUAGAAGGGCUCCUGUCUAAAGUCAAUAUGGGAACAACAUGUGGAUCAUAGACUAAAGGAAAGGCCAUCCAGAGACUGCUCUACCUGGGGAUCCAUCCUAUAUACAGACACCAAACCCAGACACGAUUGGGAUGCCAAAAGUGUUGGCUGAUAGAAGCCUGUAAUUGUUGUCUCCUGAGAGGCCUUGCCUGUGGCUGACAAAUACAGAGGUGGAUGCUCACAGCCAACCAUUUUACUGAGCACAGUGUCUCCAAUGGAGGAGUUAGAGAAAGGACUGAAGGAGCUGAAGGGACUUGCAAUCUCAUAGGAAGAACAACAUUAUCAACCAACCAGAACCCCCCAGAGCUCCCAGGGACCAUCACCAGGGACUAAACCACCAACCAAAGGGUACACAUGGAAGGACCCAUGGCUCCAGCCACAUAUGUAGCAGAUGAUGGCUUGUCAGGCAUCAAUGGGAGGAGAAGCCCUCGUUCCUCAGAAGGCUCAAGCCCUUGUUCCUGGGAAGGCCCAAAUCCCCAUUGUAGGGGAACAUGAGGAGAUGGGUAUGAGUGGGUGGGAUGGGGAAUAUCCUUAUAGAUGCAGGAGGAUGGGGGGAUGGGAGAGGGUGAUUCCUGAGGAGAAACUGGGAAAAAGGAUAACAUUUGAAAUGUAAAUACAUAAAAUAUCCAAUAAAUAAAAAGAAUUUAUUCUACAGUUGGCAGUCGUGCGGUAUGACCAUAUAGGCAAUCACUUGGUGUUUUCCAUCAGAUAUGUUGAGAAUGAACCUUCUACUCUCUCCCUUUCCACUUCUCAGGCCAAAGGAGAAAAUGGCUUAGCAAAAGGUGAGCGUGAGUGCUGGGUGGUUUUUCUUUGUCUAAGUCCCCCAGGAAUAGCUUCUGUCAACUUCUUUUUCCCAGGUUCACUUUACAUGAUUGUAAAUGUUGCACUGUCAGGUCCCAGGACAGCAAGGAACACCUUGAAGU